UGAUCACUGCUGCCAGUCUUUCACCUGCCAUUGUCGUCUCUUUCUCCUCAACCCCCUCAGUCUUUCGCAUUUGCGCACCGCCAAAAUGUUCCGCACCGCUCCUCGUAUGGCCGGAUUCGUGUUCCGUGAGAACCGUGUCCCUUACUACCAGCGUCUUUUCCAGCAGCACGACGGCAAGCGUCAGUGGUGGAAGACCGAGCGUAGCAAGUACGUCAUGUACCCCUACCUCUUGUCCGUCUACGGCCUGGGUGCUGCUACCACCUACGCUAUGAUCCGCAUGGUCUUCGGCCACAAGACCUGGUUCGGCAAGGAAUAAAUGGGGUUCUCGCCAAGCUACGUUUGUCAUAAUAAACAAAAUAACAGCAUUGUUGCCAUUGGUGGUGUAUCUCUAUUUUCAAGAUGGCUUGUUUUGAGAGAAAGAUAUUCAGCGUUGUAUAUAAGAUAAGCUAGGGCGUCAAUGUGUGGAUUCUUUCCUCAACUCAA